CUGAGACGAACAACUGAUAGCCGGAGGAGGAGGCUCCCGACUGGAGGGGGGAGAGAAACACAAGCCGACCGUCCUCACUGCACUCUCGAAGGAAGCGUGCACAAGCUCAGCGAAACAAGAACCGGACGCACCCGCCACCACCCGCACCCGCACCCGCACCCGGCCUACAGUAUCAGACUUAUGGAACCUUACGCACUAACGUGUACAACGACCGACACCGGCUGUGGGACGUGA